AUGGAGAGCAUGUCCCCUUCAACUGUCCCGUCACCAUCCGCCACCCCACUCGCCGCCAAGCAGAGGGACGUGCGCACCAAAGCGGCGGGGUCCACCCUGACCUCGGCCCUUUUCUCUAACCUGGGGAAGGCCACCUUGCGUGGAAUCCGCAAGUGUCCACGCUGCGGCGUCUACAACGGCACCCGGGGCCUCAGCUGCAAGAACAAAGUGUGCGGGAUCUCUCUCCGGGACGCCUCCUCAGGGGCCAGGACGGGCAGGAAGGGUGGCGUGGAUGUGGUCAGAGUGAUUUUGGACAGCGAGGAGCCAGAUGGGAAGGAGCGAGACCGUGCCGGAGGAGACGGCACUCAGGUAUUUUCCGUCUGCCACCGAGGACGAGGAUCUGCCCAGCUGGGCUUCGUGGAGUUGGCCCGCACCGCUGCCACCGUCUCUUCAGGUGAGGGAGACCCCCUGCUCUCUCAGAUCACAAUGGGCCGCUGCUACUUGCCGACCUGCGGGCAGGCUCCGAGGUCCGACCGAUUCGAUUCCAGCGCACCCGACGCCCCCUGCGUCCACAUCAAAACCGCUAUCGAGUGCUGCCGAUCCGCCGCGCCUCUCAGCGUAAAGAGCUCCGCCCUAGAGGGGUUGACGGUCUCCUCGCAGACCAAGGAGGAGCUAUGGAGCCUGGCCACCAAAUCCCCGGGGCCCCUGGUGCAGAGGGUGUCCGGGGACACCCUGGUGGUCAAGUGUUGCCCGGAUUCCGCGCACCCUCUGGGCCUUCUACAUUUAACCGUCAGUAGCGGCAGGGCAACGACUGAGAAAGGCGGCGGAAAAACCCGAGGGGUGACGUUUCACUGCGCCUGCCACCCCGGUAAGGCCGAGGAGACGGACGCCGUCGAUGGCUCGGAUCCUUCUCAGCCGUGCCUGCACGUCUACGCCUGCGUAUGCGCCUUCGCCAGUGAUGAGAAGCUGGCGUCAGAAUUCGCUGCGUUUAUCAACUCUGCGACAAGUGGUACGAGUGCUACCCCACCCGGCAGAAUCCUCGUUCCCUGCGAGAGGCCCUGUUCGCUGCCAACGGAGAUGGCUAAAUCUCCUCACAAAGCCAAGAAACCGCGACUGGAUGAAAGUCUUUUGGGUGGUGGUCAAGUAAUGGACGAGGCCUCUGUCUCCAUGGGUUUCCACCAGUGGCUUGCUAGUGUCACUGAGAGGAUCCAGCAGACUAUGCAUUACCAGUUUGACGGGAAACCUGAACCUCUAGUGUACCACAUCCCGCAGCACUUCUUCAACGCCCUGCAGCAUCGGCUAUCACUGGGCUCUAAAAGACGGUUGCCUAACUUCACCACAGUGCUGGUGAGGAACGACGGUGUCCCUCAGGGCUCCUCCUCCAAGUACACCUGGCACAUCACCAACCUCCCAGAAGUCAAACGGAUCUUUGACACCCCGGAGGUGCAGCUGGAGGUCACUCAGAGUUUCGUCCGGAAUGUCGACGGUUCCUACUCGCGCUUCCACUGUUCACAACCUCCAGGUGGGAUCAGGACGGAUGGGACGCUGCCCAUUCGUCCCAUGGAGCUGCAGACUUUCCUUAAAGUUGGACCUGGCUCAGAAGACCCCAAGGAGCCUGGCCCCUUGGUCAUCGAAUGGACCCCUGACGUGCUCCCUCGCUGCCACGUGGGUGAGCUGAGGAUUCUCUACCAGUUCGGACACCAGAGGAGCGGACAGCAGCUGGAAUGGACUGAGAAAGACGGUUACGUCAAAAGUGAGCCUUCAUCGGCAAGUUAA